AUGUUCACCUUCAGGGGAUAUCGGAACCAUUUGGCGGCCCUGAUGGUGGUGACGCGGCACUGUGGCAUUUUGUUUAAAGUUUCAUUUCUUCUAGCGUCUCUUCACGCGAAGGAUCUUUCCCAUCUUCGAUCUAUAGAGAAGGCUGCAAGAGGUGAAUUUGGCGGAUCGAAGUCGUGUCAUGGCAAAUCAGCUGAACACUUAGAGAUUCCAGUACCGCUUGGCACGCUUUUUAAGAACGACGGCACCAUUGUGUUUGAAUUGCUGAAAGAAGGCGAUGUGGUUUUUGUUGGAGCACGUGGCGGGGCUGGUGGUCAUGGCAAUCAAUUUUACGUAUUCAAUGAAGUCCGGAAGCCUUAUAAGGCAGAGAUCGGCGGCAAGGGUGAGGAGAUGGUUUACGAUGUGGAAAUGCGUGUGAUCGCCACUGCGGGUCUUGUGGGAUUCCCGAAUGCUGGAAAGUCUUCUCUGCUUCGCGCGAUUUCACGUGCCAAGCCGAAGGUCGCCUCAUAUCCCUUUACAACGCUGAAACCACACAUCGGAAUCGUUCACUACGAUGAUUUUGAACAAAUUUCAGGCACAAAUUUUUUAGUAGCUGACAUUCCUGGACUCAUUGAGGGAGCUCAUGAGGAUCGCGGCCUUGGUGUAUCGUUCCUUAAGCACAUUGAAAGAUGCAGGUGCCUAUUUUACGUGUUGGAUAUCACAUUAGGUGAUUUACGAGAGCAGUUUGAUCUGUUACGAGCUGAAUUAGAAGAAUAUCAAAGCGGACUUUCUGAUCGACCUUCUGCUAUUGUCUUUAAUAAAAUUGAUCUCGAUCCGAAGCAAGACAACGACUCUACACGGGGUCUUUUCCCGGAGUACCCGUCGUUUUUCGUCUCCGCUAAGACAGGAAUUGGUCUGGAAAAUUUAUUGAUAUAUUUGAGAGAAGAAUAUGAUAAAGCAGUUCAAUGA